UUACUUGAAUAUUUGGAUAGAUAACCAAUAAAUAUUUCAAGUUUUUUUUGGUGUUUUGAGUAUUGUUUAGAUAUUUUGAACAACUUCAAAAUAUCAUAUAUACUUUAGAUACUUUUAUUAUAUUAAAUCUAGAAAUACUUAGUAUACUUAUAUAUAAAAAUUUAUUUCCAAUAAGAAUGUUAAAUAUUUUGGUUUGAAUCGGGUUUGAAUUUGUUACUAAUUUUUUGGAUAGGAUUUGGAUUUUUUUGUCCAAUCCUACCUGCUACACAAAAAUAUCUUUAUGUAUGCAAGAGCAAGCAGCGGACUUAUUACUAUACUGCCCUCGAUGACAUCAUCAGGCGCUGACUCAGCUCCUAGUGGGACCCACCUUUUGUCUUGGCAAAGUGAUUAUCCGCCGCACAAAAGUAUCUCUCCUCCACUCUCCACAUACAAAAAAGGCAAACUAGACAUUCGCCGGCUAUUAGAAUCGGAAGAGAGUUCAGAAAGAAAAAAAAAGAUGGAAGGACUUGUUUCCUUUCAGCCCUUCCCCUCAUCCGUCAUUCAACGGCGUCUCUCUACCGUUUACCUCACCACCAGAUACCCCUCCUCCUCCUCCUCCUCUUGUGCUCCUCCUCUUCGUGCUCAACAGUCUGGAAUCACGGGAGGUUCCGAAAGUGUUUCUUCGGCAUUGGAAGGUAAAGCGAGUGAGCAAGAAGUGGGUAUGUUGUAUCAGGAUGAAGUAGUUUCUAGCCAAGGUAUUAGGAUAAGGAGACGACCACCUACUGGUCCUCCAUUGCAUUACGUUGGACCUUUUGAGUUCCGGUUACAGAACGAGGGUAACACUCCUCGCAACAUCUUGGAGGAGAUCGUAUGGCACAAGGACAAAGAAGUUACUCUGAUGAAGGAGAAAAGGCCUCUCUAUACCCUGAAGAAGGCUCUCGAAAAUGUACCUCCUCCUAGAGACUUCAUUGCUGCUCUUAGAUCUGCUCAUCAGAGAACCGGCCUCCCUGGUUUAAUAGCUGAGGUCAAGAAAGCUUCUCCAAGCAGAGGAAUCCUCAGAGAGGAUUUUGACCCUGUUGCAAUCGCUCAAGCUUAUGAGAAGGGUGGAGCUGCAUGUCUUAGUGUUUUGACUGAUGAGAAAUACUUCAAGGGAAGCUUUGAGAAUCUGCAAGCUAUAAGGGACGCUGGUGUGAAGUGCCCUUUACUUUGCAAAGAGUUCAUUGUAGAAGCAUGGCAGAUAUACUAUGGGAGAAGCAAAGGCGCAGACGCUGUUCUACUGAUCGCUUCUGUGUUACCUGACCUUGACAUCAAAUACAUGCUUAAGAUUUGCAAAAUACUUGGAAUGGCUACUCUUGUGGAGGUUCACGACGAAAGGGAGAUGGAUCGCGUUCUAGCAAUUGAAGGAGUCGAGCUCAUUGGCAUCAAUAACCGUAACCUUGAAACAUUUGAGGUAGAUAUUGGCAUCACAAAGAGGCUCCUGGAAGGAGAGCGUGGUGAAUUGAUCCGUCAGAAAGACAUCCUCGUGGUUGGAGAAUCUGGGUUAUUCACUCCAGAAGACAUUGCAUUCGUACAAGAAGCCGGUGUCAAAGCAGUUCUAGUGGGUGAAUCUCUUGUUAAACAAAGUGAUCCUGGGCAGGGUAUCAGCACACUUUUUGGAAGAGAUGUCUCAGGUUGAGUUUUGUGUAGAGUAACUUUUUGUAUAGAGAAAAAAAACUACAUUGUUUCUCCAUUUAAGCUCUUCUUCUUCUUUCUUUCAAUGCCGCUCAAAUGUGGAGAGACUUGUGCCUAUACAGAAAUAUCCAACUAUUUUGCCUUUGAUA